UGUUAUUAUCAUAUCGCUUUAUGGCGAAUUCCUUGUUACGGGUGUCUAUUUUACGUUUGUUUUCUUUCUAUGCUUAGCAUGUUUUUUUUAAAUUUCUGGACAUAUACAUCAUUAUAAUUGUUUAUUAAUUGAAGCAAUUAAUUAUACCGGCCGGUCCUGUUACUACGUAAUAACUUUCUGGAAAUUUGCUAAAUUUUAAAACGAAACUUGCACUGUAGCUGACACAGUAGCUAGCUAUUUUACAGUUGUGUAUAAAGUUCCGAAGUCGAUCCUAUACGGCAUUUAUACGAUUCUUUAUUUAUGUUUAUAUUCAGUGAAAGUGAGGCUGCAGUUCCAUUCUAGCAUACACACUAUUGUUUUCUAAAAUAAUACUGUUGUCGUGGUAACAAGAUGUUAACGUCAUAGGUGGCAUUGACAUGAGUCAUUCCGAUAGGAUCCCCCAUUAACUCUUCAUCGUGGACUCAUUGUAAUCAAUAUUCCUUGUUAGUUAUACUUUGUUAGUUUAUACAUAUGAAAUGUGACAGUUUGAAACUGAACUGACAUGUAGUGCAUGUUUACACUGCCCACACCGGAUACUACGUGGUUACAUAUAUGUAUAUAUUUUUCAGCCUUCUUGUACACACAAUGUGGUGACAGCGCUGAAUUACAGUGGAAGGAUUUCCAGAUAAUUUACGUACAUUUUACAGGGAUAUGUCGAGCCCAAUAUUUAAUUGAUGGACAUAUUGGUGAUGUUUUGGUAUUUUGUCUACUUAACAGAUUGACUAGUUUUAUGGUAGACUAGAGUGCACGGGAUUUAAAACAAAGAAUAUGUAUGUUGGAAGUGAAACAGAAACAAACAUCACAGGUGCUGGGUUAUCGGGAUCACUUUUUGGUGUUGCAGUUUUCAGCUUGGUUAUCAUAGUUGUUGUUGCCAGCUGCACAUUUCCAAGAUGCAAUAAAAAACAUAAGAGAGAACUGAAACCCAGAGUGACCAUAGAAAGGAAACAAGCUAUUAGUACCGAAGACGUAUCCACAGUUUCGAACUCAUCGAAGUCAGCACCAAAGAAACCAAUACGGAGCUGUCCUUCUACUCGUUCGAAUCAGCAAAAAAAUGUUCAGAACUACGAAAACGUAUUCAUUGGAGUUUAUCGUGGAAACUUCGCAUCUCCUAGUGUCAGUGUGGUGGACGCUUCCGACGUAGUGGAUAACGUGUCGUCUGCUUCUGAUCCGUUUAUUGACCCAAAUGAAGAAAAUGCUAUUUCACACACGAACGGUAACAGACUUAGCUACGAAGAACAAUGUGACAAAGCUCUGGAGAGACAUAUAAGUGUCAGGUACGAAAACAACAACGAUCAAUUUGAUGACGUCAUAAUAAACAAACAUGAAAACAAUAGUAGUGAGAAACACCGGAGUAAAGGCUCUCUAGAGAUUUCUAUCAGUGUCAACUCUCGUGUGUGAUUAAUGUAUCCAACCGAUGGCUCCCGGUUUGUGGGUGUUUAAACAUGCAUAUAAACUUUUUUGUUUUACAUUUUCAAUUUCAUUGUAAUACGCGAUGCAUUUUUCUAUAUGAUAAUAGACUUAUGAUAUACAGGAACUUUAUUUACCUUCUCAUCAUAUUGAAGUUUCAUGCGUUUUCUAUAUUAACACUUUAGGCAUUUUUAACCUUCCAAGAUUAGUUGUUACCUAGUCGUUCUGUUGCUACGUGACAAUCUAGCUCAAGAUGCAAAAAAGAACGUUGUCUACUGAAUUUGCAAUUUUAAAGCCAGCUGAACUUUUCCUAAUGAUGUGGUUGUUUGUGUGGAAAUAAGAAAAUUUGAAUUUAUCCUUCCCGCAUGAGCUGUUGCAAGGAAAUUGCAAAAGGCAAAUAAAUAUGUCCGUCAUUAUACAUGUGUGAAUGGAGUAAUGGAACAUGCCCUGUCCACGAUAGGGUUCUAGUCAGGGUUUAAAUGUAAAUCAAUGUUGAUAAUGGUGUCACAACUACAUUAUUUAAAGUGAAUUAAACGGAUAUUGUAUGUAUUUAUCAUCAUCACAGCUUCACCACAUCGACUUAAAUUGACUAACUAGUAACAAGAAGGCGAGAGAGUAAAUUUAUACAAAUAGAAAACAUGAACACUACUAAAACAAUACACAUUACGUGUGAUGUGAAGGUGAUUUGUACUUCUACUGGGGUCGAUCGUCGCUGCUACAUGUCUGCAUGAAGAUGUAUAUUCGUUUUUAUUUAUUUUAUUGUCAGAUUGUUAUUGUCAUUAAAUACCCUAAUGAAAUCA